AUGCCGUACCUGGAUCGACAGAACCGAAUCUGCGGGUUCCUGGACAUUGAAGAAAAUGAAACCUGUGGCAAGUUUCUGCGGAGGUAUUUCAUCCUGGACACCCAGGCCAACUGCCUCCUGUGGUACAUGGACAACCCUCAGAACCUGGCUAUUGGUGCGGGGGCUGUCGGAUCCCUGCAGCUGACUUAUAUCUCCAAGGUCAGCAUCGCCACCCCGAAACAGAAACCGAAAACUCCGUUCUGCUUUGUCAUCAAUGCUUUAUCUCAGCGCUAUUUCUUACAAGCCAGCGAUCAGAAGGACCUGCAGGACUGGGUGGAGGCACUGAACCGGGCCAGUAAGAUCACGGUGCCAAAGGGCGGCAGCGUCCCACCAGCCACAGAGAUCACAAAGCCUCCAGUGGUAGCCCAGGCCCAGGAGAGGAAGCCCCAGGUGGCCUACAAAACCGAGAUCAUUGGGGGGGUGGUGGUCCAUACGCCCAUCUCCAUCAACCAG